CCCAGACUUCCCCGCCCCCCCCCCCCCCAGCUUCCGGUCGAGAAGUCUGCAGAAAUGGCAGUGGGUACCGUGGGUUCGGGGCUAGUGGACUGUCACUGCCAUCUCUCCGCCCCGGACUUUAACAGCGAUCUGGAUGAUGUGUUGGAGAAAGCCAAGAAGGCUAAUGUUAUAGCCCUUGUGGCAGUGGCUGAACAUGCAGGAGAAUUUGAAAGAAUUAUGCAACUUUCAGAAAGAUUUCCUCUUUAUUUAUUGAGAUACCCUGGAUUCAUCCUGCCAUGUCUGGGAGUUCACCCAGUUCAAGAACUUUCACCAGAAAAAUCAAGAAGUGUGACAUUAAAGGAUUUGGAUGUAGCUUUGCCUAUUAUUGAGAAAUACAAGGAUCGGUUGUUGGCAAUUGGAGAGGUGGGGCUAGACUUCACCCCCAAAUUUGCAGGCACUGAUGAAGAGAAGGAAGAACAAAGACAGGUCCUGAUCAGACAGGUCCAGUUGGCCAAAAGACUGAAUGUGCCUUUAAACGUGCACUCACGCUCAGCUGGAAGGCCCACCAUCAACCUCUUACGUGAACAAGGUGCUGAACAGGUCCUGCUUCAUGCCUUUGACGGUCGGCCGUCGGCGGCCAUGGAAGGAGUAAGGGCAGGUUACUACUUCUCGAUCCCACCGUCCAUCAUAAGAAGCGGGCAGAAGCAGAAGCUUGUGAAACAGCUGCCUUUAAGCUCUAUCUGCUUAGAGACAGACUCCCCUGCACUGGGACCAGAAAAACUGACACGGAAUGAGCCCUGCAACAUUUCCAUCUCAGCAGAAUUCAUUGCCCAGGUGAAAGGGAUCUCAGUGGAAGAAGUUCAAGAAGUGACGACACAGAAUGCCUUAAAACUGUUUCCCAAGCUUCAGGACCUGCUCCAGAAAUAGCUUCCAAACCUCCCGCAGCUCGGCCAGGUCAGCUCAGGACCUGGGGACAAGUGGGGACAAGUGUUUGCUUGAAUGGUCUGAAGAGAAGAAGCCACUUCAUGUGGGCAGCAGUCAUAGUUUUACAGAAAUGUUUCUCUUAAAGACAAACUCUGGGCUGGAAAGAUGGCUCAGCCGUCAAGAGCGCUCAGUCGCUGCCCUUCCAGAGACUCCCGCGGUUCCCAGCACCCACGUCCCGUGGCUUACAACUGCCUGCAACUCCAUCCAUCUCCAGAAGAUGCAACCCCCUCUUCUGUCCUCCUCUGCCACUAGCACAUGUGUGGCAUACCCCUAAACAGACACACAUAAACAUAAAUAAAAUAACAAUAAUUUCUAAAAACUUAAAAAAAUAGA